GAGCGCCCAGCCAGGCCCCAAGUCCGCCCGCGCCCCGCGCGCGGCCCCACGGCCCACGGAGCUGGCGGUGCGACCAGACCGGACCGAUGUGGCGCAUGCGUGGUUGCGCCACCCGGCGCGGGAGCUGCGGCGGGGAAGGCGGCGGGAGCCGGGGCGAGUCGGGCCGCCUGGGCCGGGCCCGUGAGGGCGGCGGUGGCGGUGGCGACGGCGGCGUGGGUUGGCGAGGCCGCGCGGGCGGGGCCCGGCGACAGCUGGAGGAGCGCUUCGCCGACCUGGCGGCCAGCCACCUGGAGGCCCUGCGCGCCCGGGACGAGCGGGACCGGCAGAACGCGCGGCUGCGCGAGGAGAACGCCCGCCUGAGGCUGGAGAACCGGCGGCUCAGGCGCGAGAACCGCAGCCUCUUCCGCCAGGCUCUGCGGCUGCCGGGCGACGGCGGCGAGCGGGAGGCCGCCGUCGAGACCCUCGCCCCGGACGAGCCCGCCACCAACCGCAAGGCGAGAGGGGAUGGCCGUGAGGAGGAGCCGGGCAGCCCCAGGGCGCUGCGGGCCCGGCUAGAGAAGCUGGAGGUCAUGUACCGCCGAGCGCUGCUGCAACUGCACCUAGAGCAGCAGGGCGCGCGCCCGCCGGUUGCCCUCGAGGAGCCACCGCUCCAAGAAACCGCCACCGGCCUGUGCGCCCAAGACCCGGACGUUCCCGGGCCCUGGCUGUAGCCAGAGGGCGUGGAGGGAGGUGGGGCUUACGCGCGCCCCGCCUCCGUAGAACUCUGCGCUCCGCCCCUCUCAGCACGCAGAACUUUUUAAGACCUGAGCUCCUGAACUCCAGCCCCACCCAAGGGCACUUCCGGGCGCCAAAUCUGUUGGCCUGAUGGAUAAAGAGAAGCAAGAGUUCCCCACUUGUGCAAAGCAACUGCCAAGUACACUGCUGGGGUGUUGAGAGGGGUCUAAGCGACUCUUAAGACCUGCUUUAAAGCAGCAAGAACUGGGUGCCUGGUCGCACCUCCUAAAUUCUUGAAGUUUUCAAAGUGUUGUGAGGACCAAUUUUUUUGCCCAGCCCCUGUAUCUUUGAUGCUUUGAAGGAUGAAUAGUGUAUUUGAGUUGAUGAUGCCUGUUCAUUCCCCUGCCCACUAAAUUCUGCUCUUUUCUCUUACACAACCCACCUUUUAAGUGUGUUUUGUAAAUUGCUAUUACUUGGAUAGCCCAUGAAGUACUACCUUUUUAUAAAGAAGAAAAUAUUUAUAAUUGUCCGUCAUUCCAGUCCACAUAUGUUUAAUAUAUUCUGGUGUGUUGGCCUCCAGAGAGCUUUUUAGAGUGUCUUCUGACAGGUGAUGAUUUGAGUUGAUAAAUAAAACUGGUGCAUU